CCGUGACAUAACCAGCCCCAUAAAAAAAAAACAAGAAGAAGAAGACCUGUGACGCUUUGUACCGCUUCUUGGGUCUUCAGUAUACCGCCUUCUUACCGCUGCAUCCUUUAAUUAUUUAUCUCUCCGUUUCCAGCCCUCAGCCAAGACUCCUUUCAUCUGGCUCACUGUUGCAUUGUCCGUGUCUCCGCCCUGCCUUCCUCUCCCCACUCCUCCAGUGAUAUGUUGUACUUGUUUGUCUAUAUAUAGUUCAUGUCUUUGUGUUCUGAAGCCUUCACAUUCUAAUAUGCAUCACCAUGGACACCCACACGUACGCCAGGUGCUCAGUUAUUGUGGCGGCCAGCUGUGUCCCGCACGUUGAUAAGUCUUAUCGGCUAUAGACUUUAUCGGCCUUGAGGGGUCACGGUGUUGCGUUACAGUAGUUAGACCUCAAGACAACGCCAACCCGCACACACGCCACGCUGACUAAGGCUGGAAACAGACACGGUUUGCUUAGCGCGGAGAAAGAUUGUUUUUAAUGAGGCUGUAUGGGUGUGCUUAGGGGUGAUUAUCCCAGGUAAUCCAUAGGGUUAAUCCACUGUAUCAAAAUGUUGUGACACACGACUAAACCUUCACAAUGGAAUGGCUGACCAAGAAGGUGGUUGCUGGCUUGGUCAACCGAUUCUUUGGGCAGUACCUGGAGGACCUUGACACCCAGGAGGUCAAUAAUGCCCUCCUGUCGGGUCAAGUUAACCUCAGCAACCUCAAGAUCAGGAGGGAUGCCCUGUCCAUCCUUGAUGUCUACUAUGGAAGCCCUCUCCCUGUUGAGGUGAAAAAAGGCACAAUUGGCAGAAUAUCACUCACUGUCCCCUACAGCAGCUUCUUCACCCAGCCUGUGGUCAUCAACAUUGAGGAUGUCUUUGUACUUGUUACACCGGUUGUUGAAUAUGACAGAGAGCGAGAAAAGGACUUUGAUCGUGCCAGCAAGCGGCAAACUCUGGCCUACUUGUUUCCAGAGCCAACACUGGUGGACGAUGUGCAUGACAGGAACAGUCUUUGGGGUAUGCUUUAUAACAGAAUCUGGAAUAACCUAGAGUUACACAUCAACAACGUGCAUAUUCGAUAUGAAGACGCUCACUCCUGCCCUGAGCCUCUGGUGAUUGGGCUGUGUCUGCAGAGUCUCUCGGCUGACACCACAAACCACAAAUGGAAGAAGACACAGAUUGACGGCAAUGCUCCCAUCGUGAACAAGGUUGUUGACUUCAUCUCCACCUCCCUCUACAUCAACCCCAAGAGUGAGCGGCAGCGCCUGGUCAAGCCUCACAUAACCACCGACCGCUGGCACCAGUACCUCCAGCAAGGCCUUGAAACCUUCUCCAUCAAUGAUGAGCCUUUUCAGUUUGUCCUCCAACCUGUGCGAUGCAAGGUCAAGAUGAGGCAGCAGAUGAAGCGUGAAGCGAGAGUGCCUGGCCUACUAGUGGAUGCUGUGAUCAAGGAUGCAGCGCUGUCCCUCUCACAGGACCAGUACCUAAGCUUAAAUGAACUCUUCAAAGCAUUCAAUGUCAUAAAUACAAGUAGACGGUUCUUGAAGUACCGCCCAGAAGUGCCCUUAACCCGUCACGCAGCAGAGUGGUGGCAGUACGCUGCAAGUGCCAUUAUCCAUGAACAAAUUCGACCCUUCUCAUGGAGUAGCAUUAAGAAACACAGAUCCUUGUAUAGGGAGUAUGCACAGCUAUACAAGAAGCAUCUUCUUGAAGGAUACAACAGUGAAAUGGAGGCUGAUCUGAUGAAACUGGAAGAUGCACUUAGCCUCACCAACAUUGUCCUGGCUCGGAUGAAUGCAAAGAUCAAGAUAUCACAAGAACAACCCAGCUUGGUUCACCCCGUAGAAUCCUCCGAGAGUGGCUGGUUUUCCUGGCUGAUGGGCGGCAGCAAGCACCAGGUGCCUGAUGACACGGAAAUAGUGGACAUUGUGGGCACUCGUCGCAGGAAUGGCCCAGUCACCACCCUGACGGAGGAGGAGCGCCGGCAGCUGCACGCGGCACUAAUGGAGCUGGAGGCUGCAGGGGAAGAAGUGCACAGAGAUGAUAUUGACCACAAAGCUUACCUCUCCUUGCAAAACGUGAGCUUGACCCUCAAGGAUGAUGAGCACGACGUUGCCUUGGCCACCCUCUCGGGCUUCGUCAUGAGCGCUGAGAACCGUUAUGGUGUUAAGUAUCAGAAGCUUUCAGUGAAGGCCGAGUCCUUUAACCUGGAGGCCUCAAACAUGGAGCAGGAGCUGGUGUAUGUGGUGAAGCUCAUUGACGGCACACCCUCAGCAGGUUUUGGUAUUGCCUUUUCAUUGGACCUGGAGAAAAACCCAAUCAAUGUGGCCUCUGACUAUGCUGUCACCAUGAAGCUGGACCCUCUGGAGCUUCUGUAUAACCAGCAUGCCUGUGCUGAGAUGAUUCACUUCUUCCGAGUGCCUGACACAAAGUAUCGCACGUUUGAGGAGGUGGCCGCCGACACACUGGCUGGCUUGGUCAGCAGCAGCAGAGCAGCGGUGGAGUACGCCAUUGCCAGGCAUAAAACAAUCCAUCUGGACAUAGACAUCAAGAGUCCUUUCAUUGUCUUACCGGAACAUGGCUCCAUACAAAAAGGUGGGAAUGUCCUGGUGCUGGACAUCGGGGGCUUGAAAGUGAACAGUGAAAUUGGUGGACAAAUUUUUGAUCUCGAGGAUGCAACCAGAAUGGAACUUGAGGAGCGUCUUUAUGACCGGCUGACAAUUACCAUCUCGCAGCUCCAAGUUCUCUUUGCUGACUCAGGAGACGAGUGGAGGGUUCACAGGACCCGCAGUGACUCAGACUCCCACCUCCUGCCCAGGGUCAGAGUGAAGAUCGACCUUGCUAACAGCAUACAUCCAGAGUACCGACAACUUCCGAGGCAAAAAGUUGACAUCCACAUCACGCCCCUCAAGCUCAACCUCUCAGACAGCCGGCUGAGCCAUCUGGUGGAGUUCACGCACCACCUUCCCACACUGAGCUGCUGCAUGUUAAGCUGUGAUACUGUUGAUAACCAUUCAUUUCUGCAGCAUCAGUUGGACCCACUUCACUGUUUACUUGAUCCCAAUAUUUCUGAAUUAUCUCUGAUAAGGAAUUCAUUGCUUGAUAGGCUUUGCAGAAAGAGGUUUGUGCCUGAUACAGCAGACAUGCACUCUACUCCUCCUCUUCUCCGGCAUGUACGGCCACUCUCUGCCAGUGACACCAUAUCCCAGACAAGCUUGGAGUUAGAAAAAUACUUUUCAGCUUCUGAUAACAGUGACGAUGAAGGAGAGUCAUGGGGCAAGCCUGUUGAUCUGCCUGGAUUUGAAGACAACACUUCUCCUCAUAACAUGAUUGCUGUUUUGUCUCGUUUAUGUAUUGAUGAAGUUGUAAUUGGUAUUUCAAGAUCCAGUGAGCAUGGGGACAGACCCUACUUAAUGCUGAGAGCAACUCACUUUGUCUUAGAGUCAGCGGUCAUGGACUAUGGACCGGCAAUACAGGUGACCCUCGGCUCCCUGCAGCUCGUUGAUAAAUACCACCACAGCCCAUCAGGAGAAUACCUGGAACUUGUGUCUUCCCCCCAGGUAGGCUGUACUCAUAUCACCACGUUACUCUAUAGAAAAGUUCGGGCAAACUGUCUGGACUUUAAGACACAUUUUCACUCUUGUGAACAAAGUCUUGUAGUUGACUUUGCAACUUUAAAUGUUGUGUGGCAUCGAGGGUCAGUCAUAACCCUCACCAACUUCCUGACAAUGCUGGCAGCCAAAUUAGGGCAUAUUGAGGAGCAGCUUCCAAAAGUUGGUGUCCCACAGAACUUGAUGGCCUGGUUAAAAUCAGGUCCAGAGGAUCCUCCCGUCCCCUCGGGGGCAACAAAGUGGUCGUUUUCCUUUCACCUCCACACCCUGAACCUGAAACUCUGUGAUAAUGACCUUGAUUUCUUGCAGGCCAAAGUUGGAGGGUUCCAGGGAGAAUGCAUCUUUAAAGCUAAUGAAAAGAAAGUAUUUCGAGCUGCCUUGUCAGAACUGUCUGUUGAUGACAUAUCUGAUAUAACUCUUUACUCAAGAAUAAUUGAUAUUGAGGAAGACAGAGUGUUUGACAUCAAAUAUGUGAACUUCAGUCCAACACAUAAAGGUGUGGAUGAGAUAGAUGCAUCUCCCCACACUGUCAGUCCUGAUGCAGCUCUGCGAAUAAGAAUUGGCAGGGUACAAUGUGUCUUCCUCUGCAAAUUCUUGGCAGACCUGCAGCGCUUCAUGGAGCCUCUUCUUAACCGUGAAGGAACUCAGGUGGCUCUGAAGCACGCUAGUAAGGCUGCAGAGACAGGUUUUGAGGAAGUUAUAUUAGGGAAAAAAAUCAACCUGAGCAUUGAUAUUCAUGCUCCCACUAUUCUUAUUCCCCAAAAGUCUGACUCCUCCAGUUUGUUGGUUGUUAGCCUCGGAGAGCUCAAGAUAGAUAACCUUUUCAAGACAGCCUACACCGGGACAGGAGGAGGGGCAGUGGAAAACAUCCUCAUUGAAUUGGGACACAUGCACAUUUGUCGAGCAGUGAUGGUCCUCAGCGGCGGCCUGGAAAUGCAAGAAGACAUCCUAGAGCCGUCCACCAUAAGGGCAGAUAUCAAACGUUCCCUCAUUCCACAAUGCAGAGAUUUGCUUUCCUGGGACGUCAGUAUCCACAUGGGAACCCUUUGUGUAAACAUGGGACAGCGUGACCUGAACACCAUCCUGGCCGUGCUGACGCAGAACAAGGCUGAGGCUCAGUUUAUUGACACAAGUAUUAAUUCCCAGCCCCUGACCCCCGUGGAGCUCAGCACCCCACAAGCCAACAGCGAUGACAACGUGGGGAAGCUUCAGGCCUUCUUGACACACUCCGUUGACAUUUAUCGCAUUGCAGAUGCUCUAGUGUCUCUGGACGGACUGACAGUUACUCUGUACACUGACAUGGAUGAAGUGUUGAGUUCCCCAGUUCGAGAUGCUGCUACUGCCCUCUGCAGGUUGGAAGUUGGAGAAGUUGAGGUCCACGGAGACAUGAACAGUGACAGGAGUAUGGAUGUAAGGGUUACAUUGCACUCCUGUGAUCUCUUUGAUGUCAGACCAGACCUUGAUUAUCAUGUGAUCAAGAAGAUAUUUGGGCAGUACAGCAAGGAGAUGCAUAUGACCUCAAGGCGGUUCAGUGUCAGCGUUCCACCCAUAAUGGAUCUGAUGUACAAGAUGAGCCCCAAUGGAGACGGGGCGAUGGAAGUCAGCAUAGAGAGGACGAGGCUCAGUUUGUCCGUCACUUUUGCCAUAGCACUUUACAGGUAUGUGAAUGAUGCCAUCCCUGGAACUGCAAGCACAAGUGGAGGAAUACUGAAUCCAGGGUUUGUUGGGGACUUGGGCACAACAGUGGAUGGGGUGAGGAUCAUCAGGCGGCCCCCCAGCUCCGUGGACAGCACAAGCGGCUACCUCUCCACAGUGACCAGUGACACAGAUGAUCAGAAAACUCUCUCUGUGUCGUUCAAGUUGAAGCAGCCAGAAAUAGUGUUCUUUGUCGACACUGAAGAGAAAAUCAGCCGGGUGUUGGUACUGAGGUGCGAGGUGCAUGUGGACUACUCUCGGCACCCCGGCAACGAGAGCUUCCACGUGGCUCUGGACAGGUGCCAGCUCUUUGCCACCAUGUACUCCAUGACAAAUCAGAAUCCUUAUUCCAUCAUGCAGCCGUGUGACAUUGAGGGAUCCUGGGUGUUCCGCAAUGUGGAGGAAGGUGUGAGAGCAGAUGUAAGGGCUCCACAAGUUCAUUUCCACAUUAAUCCAGCAGUUGUCCACCUCUUUAUGGAUGUGGUGGAUGAGUUAACUUUGAAUCUCACUCCUCAAUUAACACCUUUCAGACUCUAUCUUCCAUCCUCAGACUUGGAGGAUCUUUGGUCUCCAAAACCACUGACUGCCAUAAUAUCCCCAACAAAUCCAGAUGAAGAAGUGUACAUUAAGCCUGAGUACCCGUCAGCCAAGCCCCAGCAGUGCUUGACUGUAAGGAUUUCUGAAAUCACAGUUUCACUUGAAAAGCAAACCAUGAAAACAGCUGUACCUGUUCUGCUAUGCAAGUCAGCACUUAAUGCUGAAAUAAAUGACUGGUCCAAGCUGAUGUAUAGCAAAGCAGAAAUGCAGCUCCAGUUGUCAUGUUACAAUGAGCAAUUCUCUGCCUGGGAGCCAGUCAUUGAACCGGUUAGUGAAAGCAAUAAGGUAUUCAGACCGUGGGAAGCAAUUAUUAGAACACUACAGACACACGCACAGCCUGUGGGGGUGAAACGAAAGCACCAAGGCCCUUACUGUGACUCUGUUGACACCAGCUACACCAGCAACAGAAACAGCUACCUCAACUGUCCCAUCGAAGACUCUGAGUCGUCCACAGAUGAAGAGUCUCAGGAUAAUGAAAUGGUGGUGCUCAAACCUCAUGCAACACAAUCAGUCAAGCGCUCAGCCACUAAACGGUCAAACACUGACCUUGGAAGCCUGUCAGGUUUUCCACUGGACUCUGACUCUGAGACUGAAGACAGUGUCCUCCACAAGAUCUCCAGUGCAUUUAAUCACAUGUUCUCCAGUGAUUCAGAGGAGUCCGAGGAGGAAGGCAGCAGCGAUGAGAUGGAAGGAAAAGGAAGCGUCAAGAGAGACCCGGAGGGCUCAGAAAAGUUGUCAACAGGAGACUUGAGGUCCUCAGAGGAGGAAGAGGAAGGUCCAGUGUUUGUGUCGCCACUUAUUCCAGAUGGUGUAGACGGUGGAGGCAGCUGGGUGGAGGACAUCAGUCCCAGUGAAUUAGCAACUUGCGUGUUUGUUGACUCUCGCGACAACCUGGAGUUCACCCUCACAACACACACCAUGACAUCCAUCAACAACCUAGUGACUGAAUUCAUGAACAAGCCUAUCGAGCCCCAGCCCAUCAUGUCUUCUGCCAACCGUUCCAUGCAGCAGAUCCUCCUCACAAAUGAAAUAGGACCCAAUUCCAAGGUCACAGCCUUGAUGCAGGAUGAGGCUGAUGGUUCUUCCAAGGUGGAGAUUUUAGCCACAGCCAAAUACCAGGAGCCGGACUCACUGCCGUCCAGUCCGGCAUCAGGCAAGAGUCAUAGUGGUGGAGAGUCUGCUUCAGAAGAUGAGUCAGUGGCAGAAGGGUUCAGAGACUGGGACCACCUCAGCCUCCGGUCAUGUCCCGCCUCCUCUCCUGGUCCUGCUCCAUCCAGCCUCCCUUCAAGUGAAUGCUUCUAUGAACUUUUUUGCCCAAACCCUGUCAAGCUUUAUCAAGACAUCACAAAGCUCCAGCUGCUGAUCAGAGUGCCUGGCUUCAAUGACCUCAUGGUGUUUGUUGGAACAACGUCCCGGAGUCGUAUCUUUCAGCUGAGUCCGCCUCGCAAUGACAAGAGGUACCACAUAAUAGUCACUGUGGAAGUUGACCAUCUCACCACCAGGGUCACCGUCAGAAGUCCCUUGCAGAUCAUGAAUGAAAUGCCUCUUCCUGUCAAUGUGUGCUUCAAGAAGAGCAUUGUGGAGAUGCUCGGCCACUCCCUCGGGGAACUCAAUGCCACGGUGGUAUCGCCUGUCAACCCCUUUGAGGCUCAUGUGCCCAUGGUCACCCUCCAGCCUGACCAGGUCUUCACGGUCCCCCUUGCCGUCGCCUACCACUCUCCACUUCAUAUACAACCUUCUGCAGCUGACUAUGGCAUAAGUGAAGCGGGAAUCUGGUGGAAGGAUGUGCUGUCAUUCACCUGUUCCUACCUGCUCACCUGCAAGGCCAAGGUGAACAACAGCCCCGACAUAUCAGCCGCAGUAACCAUUCAGGAAGGAGUGAAGCUGAGCAGCCUGCAGUGGGAGGGGCUGAGCGGAGUCCUGCCCAACUACACCCUCUGCCUCUCCCCGCCACUGGCCAUCCACAACAUGCUGCCGUGCACCCUCACCCUUGCCCACCCCUCCUUCACCCAGUCCCUCAUCGUUGACCCAGGGGCCAAGAUUACUCUUUACAGGAUUGACUUGGAAAACAGAAUUAGUCUGGAGGUUCAGGUUUCCAAUUAUUUAGGAAGUGACUGGGAUGGCAUUCUAGAAAUUGGCACCGAGAAGGGUGAUGACCACCGAACCCUGACCCUGACUCACGGGGACGGCAGUGCUCGCAGGAAGCUGGAGUGUGCACUGUACACCGUGCGGGCAGAACUGACAGCUGUUCAUGUGUACUCCCCGUACUGGAUUGUCAACAAGACGGGCCUUCCACUGCACGUCCGGGGAUCAAGAUCAAAAAUUGUAUAUGACCUCAAUGGGUCAGAAGACAUUGUUUUGUUCCGAUAUAAAAGAAGUUACCCACACAAGCUGAAGGUAAGGGUGGUGGAGAGCGAUUGGUCACGGAGGUGGAGCUGCGAGGCCGUGGGCUCCUGCGGUGUUGUUGUGUGUCGUGACAGCGUGCGGGGCAAAAAGUAUCGCAUCUUGGCCAAAGUGAAGCAAUCCACUCUGGCGGCACAAACUGCAGAUGAGGGAGUCCAAGGUGGCUGUCUGAACAAUGCAUGUUCUUCAAAAUCCUUCCUACAAAGAAAAAAAUCUGGCAAGCUCCACCUGACCAAGAUAGUAACGCUGAUGCCAUACUUUUUGAUUCGUAACCUGACCAAUCGGCCGCUCAAGUUCAUGCAAGAAAAUGACAAGGUGGAGCUGUGGUACGACAUCCAUCCCCAGCAGGUGGGCAGCGUCGGCAGCAAGUGCAUGGCAUUCUGGCCGGACGGAGAGAACAUGCACAUGGUGGUCCGGUACCGUGACCAGCAGGUCAGGUCACAGCACUUCCACUUCAACUCCAACCACACCACUGUCGUCAGGAUGGAGAAAGGGCGAGCCUUGAAUGUGAGUGUGUCAGGUGUGGGAUCUGACAGCCCAGUCACUAUUACCUUUGACAAGUACCAAGUAGGCGAUGCUCCCGUCAGGAUUGAAAACUGGUGUGAAGAUGUUCAUCUCCGCCUCCACCAGAAAGGCUCAAACCAAACACACCUGCUGGCACCCCACCAGUCUCAGCUGUACACCUGGGAUGACCCCACUCUGCCUCGGGAGCUUCUGUGGAACAUUUACAACAGGAAAAGUGAAGACAUGACUGCAGUGAUAGAUAAGGAUGAUCAUGGCAGCAAGUGUGUCACCAUCACGUCCCUGAAGCCUGGCAUGGUCCGCACCAAGUCACAGUCCAGCGUUGGCACACCCAAAAUGAGGCCCAAGAAGUUAAUUCACAGGCAGCGAGCCAAGACUACAGCAGCAUCAUCCAGCGACUCAGAAGAGGAGACAGAGCUGGUCUUGGAGAGAGGACACGGGCAAUUUUUGAUGCCAGACCAAAAGUCUCAGUCCACCAAGAUGAGGAAAGACAAAAUGCUCGUUCACUGGGUGAGUUACAAGCAGGGAAGUCAAAGGGUCCUCCUCUUCACCCAGUCUGACCGCCUGGCAGCCACCACUCGCCUCCCCAUGGAAAGAGCCAAACUAGAGCUCUGUGUUGCUCUGGAAAAAAUUGGGUUGUCUCUUAUAAAUGAAGGUCAUCGUGAGGUGGCAUACGUGAGCCUGAUGCCAGGAGCAGCCAAGUGGGAAAUAGAGGUUGAUGGAGUGUGGAAGAUUCCUCCGAGCCUAGAGCUGAUCGCCUGGCUCGAGGAUCAGUACCUCAACAACAAGCAGUCUAAGGUCAACCUCCGAGGGUCUCUCCAGAUCAGUAAAAAGAGCACAGUAGAAGUAGAGGUGGAUCUGACAACCAUGUACAUGACGAAGCCUUUCAGCGGAAAGCUGCGCCGGACCAAGCGUCCAGCCCUGUGGCUCCACUACCGCCACUCUCUCCACUACAGCUACAUCUCCGCCGACCUCCACCGCUUGCAGGUUGACAACCAGCUGAUGGAUGCAGUGUUUCCCUCUGUGUUUUAUCCAGUCAACGAGAAUGGGUCAGCCCACCCAUGCCUUGCAGUGUGUGCACUCCUUCACUUUUCUGUUGGAUCUGUCACCACAAUAAAGCACCUUAGCAUCGUGGCUCAGGAAUUUUUCCUCAAGCUGGACAAAGGUUUCCUGCUCUCAACAUAUGAGGUUCUGGAGCUCUUCAUGCCAAGUCUGCACUCAGGAAGCAUUCACACAGAACUGAAAAAACUUCGGACUCCAGUAACAUUUAGUGCCAUGCAGCGCCACCCAAGCAGUGACGAGGGCCCCCUCGUAGAACGUGUGUGUGUGGCCGGCCUCAAAGUCCGCUUUUCCUUCUCUCCCCGUGGCACAGUGCUCGGGAGCCACGGCGGCCAAAAUGACAUGUUGGAGUGGUUCUUGACUUCUUUAGGAGCAACCCUUACUGAGAUGAAGAAUGUGUCAAUAAGUGUCGGACACUAUGAACGGCAAUCCUUCCAGUGGGACAAACUUGUUGAAGAUUUCACGGAUCAUGCGAAAUAUCAAAUAAUUCAGCAGGUGUAUGUCCUUGUGCUGGGACUAGACAUCCUUGGCAACCCGUACCAGCGGCUUCGAGACCUCUCUCAGGGGGUGAAGGACCUGAUCUAUCAGCCGGCUUUGGGCAUCAUAGAGGGGCCAGAUGAAUUUGCCGAAGGAAUUGCCCGAGGAGCGCAGAGUCUGAUGGGACAGGUGGUCGGGGGCACGGCAGACAGCCUCAGCCUCAUCUCCUCAGCACUGGGCAACACCAUUGCCAUGCUUUCCUUUGACAAGGAGUACAGGAAGAAACGUGAGCAGAGGCUUGAGGUGCAAAGCUCUUUCCCACGGACACUCCUCCAUGCCGGCCGCACCUUUGUUAUGGGCGUGGUGCUGGGCCUGUCAGGCGUGGUGGUCAAGCCAGUGGCAGGUGCUCAGCAAGACGGCGUGGAAGGCUUUUUCCGAGGUAUUGGUCGUGGUAUCAUGGGCCUGAUCACCAAGCCAGCUCUUGGGGUCAUCGACUCAGUGGCAAUGGCUUGUGACGGCGUGCGGAGGGCUGUGGACCUUGGGCAUGAGGUUAUCACUCGGUCAAGAGUUCCACGGCACGUCUCUCCCUACGUUGCACUGCACCCCUACAGCAGCCAUGAGGCAGCAGGGAUGGCACUCCUCGCCUCACUGUGCCAUGGCCACUACAUGCAGACUGACCUUUAUAUUGCACAUGCAACUCUCUCUGAGGCAAACAGGCCUGAUGUUAUUUUGAUCUCAGAUAAGCACAUCUUUAAGCUGGAGCGCUGUGGCAUGUGGGGCAGCUGGGACAUAAGUUGGCGAGUGGCAGUGCGAAACCUUUUGCAUCAGCCCACAGUAAAGGACAACACUAUAUUACUGAUUUUAAGACAGGAUGAAAGCCACAGCCAGUUGUCUGGGUCAGAGCACCAGAUAAGAAGUGAAGACAGUGACGUGCUCCUCUUCCUGGUGCGCUGGAUUGAGGUCCUGACAACCCUGAGCAUGGUGGACCAGCCGUGCCCAAGACUGCAGUGAGCCCUUGGGUGCUGGCUGGUGGAUGCAUUGCUUAGUUGGUGUUAGGGAAAUGGGUCCCUCAAGACUACCAAUUAGUGUUUACUUUUUCAAGAUUUUGGAGCAUGAACCAUUAUAUUAAUGGCUUUACUUUUAGAUAUCCUCAGUAAAAGCAAGAGCUCAAAUAAUACCUUAACCUAAAUAUGGAGAUCUUAUUCCUAAAGCAGUACACAACAGGCUUUGGGUUGAUUUAGUAAUGAAGCUAUUUUACUAUUACUCAAGAUGCAAAUUACAUGAAGAACAGUAUUAGAAAAACAAGCUGUAAUCUACUACUCUCACUAGCUAUAUAUUGCAAAUUUCAUUUUUCAAAACUUAUUGAAACAAGAUUUAAAUAAAGACAACUCUUUCUAUAUUUAUAUUUGCAUUUCAGGCUAGUGAAUAAAUUGUAUCAAUUUUUUUUUCUGUAUUACAGCAGAUGCUAUGAAUCUUUUCCUGCGCCCAGAAAUGGCUGCAGACGCCUUUAGAGUUUUGUUAACAGGACGUAAGGAGACAAAUAAAUACUGUGGCUUAUCUACAUUUGAAGAAAAUGGAAACUAAUGUGUUGAGGCAAAAUGAUGCUGAAGAAUGUAUGGUGAACAUUAAUGCACAUCAAAAUUUUUGUUGUAAGAAGAAAAGAAACUGUAUUUUUAUAAAUUAUUUUUAAUACCAAACUUCCCAUUCUAGUCUUGAUUAGUUUAUUUUUUACGCCUUUAUUAUCAAGAUAAUAAAAGUAUGUAGAUACUUCAUGAUAAUUAAGAAAAUAGUCUUAACUUAAAUAUAAUUAUCAUUUUAGUUUUCCCUGGUGCCCAUCAGAACUGCAGUAUUGGUACAUCCAUACUAGAGUGUAAUGAUUGGCAUUCACAGGCAAUCCAAAAUGCAGGUCUUCCUCAGACUAAAGAGAAGAGACACAGACCCACCAGAACACCAUUGGACACUUUGGUUCCUGGUACAUGUGCACAAGUUAUAGUUGUUGUGGUCUGCAGCUGACACUCAGACACAGUGGAUGGCUUGAGUUAGGAGUGACUGACAGUCGUGUAAUCUGCGGUUGAGGAAAAGCUUUGAUUUGCCUUUUCAGGAGUUGCAUUCAUGUUUACUAGGUUGUUGCUGCACACCGGGUGGCAAGGGAGUGGGAUUUGCUUAUGUGUUGUGAAGGAACUGUGGUGUGUUGUUAUACAGUUGUCUUUCAUGUGUUGUAAUAUUACUGUUGUCACUGAGGAAGGCUAUUUUUUUUAUAGAAGCUUUUGAUGAGAAUUUAGUAAAUAUCUCUAUAUAUAACUGUCGUUAGAGCAUAUUUUGAUUAGGCAGCGGUGUAAGAAAUUCUAAUGGUUUCCGCAUACCAUAUUUAUUUAUUGUUGGUUAUAUGAAAUAGUUUUCUAGGUAUGUAUAAGAUAUCAGUAUUUGGCAGCUUGUGUUGUCAGUAAACCUUGAGGCACGUGUAUGGUACUGAGUGUGUGGCACCGAGUCUCUUCCUGUCCUCCAGCAGUAUUAAGACAUCACUCGUCCUUGACUGUUGUUCUCGAUGAUCUCUUCCUUUGCUCCUUAAAGACAGAGCAUUCAUAGAAUACUGUUUUUUAUCAUUUAUUCACUCAUGAAAACUUUGUUUUGACAGCAAUCUUACUUUCAAAUUACUUUAUUGACCCAUUUAGAGGGCUACAGAAUGCAUAAUACUUAUUCUAUUAUUUUUUUUUUAAAUGCAUACAAUGUUAGUUAUUUGGAAGUGCAUAGUACGUGAGUGCUGGGCAGCAAGUACAUGUGUACAUAAUUAAUUUAGUGGUAUGCAUCUCAUUGUUUUGAUGUUGGACUUCAAAAGUCCAAUAGAAAAUGAAAGUGAACGCAUAAUUACUGUGUGAAUGGUGCACUGCAUUCUUAAGACAAUGUGUUCCUCUGUGUGUCACACUGCUUUGUUAUUAAUGAUUAUUAUUGACAUGCUUCCAGUCCAUUAUAGACAAUAUGCCUCAGAUAUUGUUGGAAUUGUUUGUUCAGGUAAUUGAUAGAAACUUAACAUUUUAGGUCUGUGACAGUAUAUAAGUGUAUUAAAUAUUAGUAUGUAUGCCAUAAAUUAUGAUCUGACCCAAAAUUUUUAGAUUUUGAAACUAUACUUUAAAGUUUGUUAAGACUAGCUACUUAAACAAUUAUAUACUUGUUCCUCCAUUGCAGAAGCUUGUUGAAGUAGCAUCAGUAUCUGAGAGACAUAACAAGUGUCUUAUUUGUCACAAAAAUCUCCCAUUGUAUGAAAUUUGAAUGACUCACCCUCACACAUCAUCAUGUUACAUUUUGUUCACCUUAAAAUAAGUUGCCCCCGUUAUUUGUUCUCUUCUCCGACACUCAGCUGUAUCAAUCUUAUGCAAAGGUCUAUUUUCCUCAAUUUCAGCAAUGUUCUCAAAUUUCUACUAGGGAAAAUCUCUUGAACCCUUUCCUUUCUUUUUUUAUUUUUCGUUAUGUCACUUUAUUCCUCUACAAAGUAUGGUCUAAGACUAUGUUGUUACCUUGCACUAAACAUAUAUUUUACAUUUUCUGCACGGCACAUCACCCAGGGCUCAGAGUUGUGUGUUCCUUGUCAGGACCUUCCAUGCGUUGCCAGGUGUAGCUGUCACCUUAGCCGCUUAUGGUUUCUCACACGGGGCCCAUUUGUUGUGUACGAGAAAGGUACGUAACUGUAUAUGUAAUGUAAUCGAUGUCAAAAUGCAGAAAGAUACAGUACAUAAAAGUCACAAAUAUA